AUGAAGACCAAGGAUGGAGCGGAGCUCUGUUUUCCUCAACUCCUCAACAUCUCGUGCAAGAAGCAGAAACUUUGCUGGUCUGAAUUAGUGUUCCUCAACAUUCUGCUGUCAUCCAUCUCUUUGCUCACUGUAGUGCUCAACCUUCUCGUCAUCAUUUCUGUCUCACACUUCAGGCAGCUUCACACACCCACUAACAUCCUCCUCCUCUCUCUGGCUGUCUCAGACUUUCUCGUGGGUCUCCUGUUACUGCCGGCAGAAAUUCUCCAAAAAACAGCUCGUUGGAUACUUGGUGACCUCAUGUGUUCUCUGUAUUAUUAUAUGAUCUACAUCAUUACCAGUGCUUCAAUAGGGGUCAUGGUGCUUAUAUCAGUUGACCGCUAUGUGGCCAUUUGUCACCCUCUGCAUUAUUCCACCAUUCUCAAAAUGCAGCAUUCAGUGUCUCUAAAAAAGAAAUCUGAGUUGAAAGCAGCCAGGACUCUUGGUGUUCUUGUGCUGGUGUUUCUAAUAUGUUUCUGCCCAUAUUAUUAUGUCACUUUUGCUUGUGAAAACGUGGUCAGUGCUGCUUCUGUGUCUUUUGUAGUAUUCCUGUUUUAUUUUAAUUCUUGUCUAAACCCUAUGAUUUAUGCUUUGUGUUACCCUUGGUUUAGAAAAACUGUUAAACUCAUUGUCACUCUUCAGAUACUGCAGCCUGGCUCUGUGAAACUAACAUGA